AUGAAGACAAUUACCUGCACCCUUCUCGGCCUCCUGGCCCUGUGCAUGCUCGCACAUGGGAGAGACUCCGCCGUAAUUCGUCGGGAGCUGCAGGCGUCUGCCAGCGCGACGGCCAUCGCCAACGCGGUCGCCUCCGGCAACACCACAGCAGCGGCCAACGCCAUUUCAACGGCUCUGGCGAAGGGCGAUGGAAAGGCCGUCGCAGAGGCCACAGCCAUCGCUCAGGCGAAUGGGAAUGGUAAUGCCCUCGCCAAUGCUGCUGCCGAGGCAGUUGCCUCCGGUGAUGCCUCGGCCGAGGCCACUGCUCAGGCUGUCAGCCAGGGGGCCGGCACCAAGGUCGACCCUGCCACCAUCACCAACGCGAAUGCCGUCGCCCAGGCGGUCAACGACGGCUCCGGCGGCGACGUGAGCGCCUCCGUCACCGCCAACUCUGCGGCCUUCAGCGAGGUCAACAAGGCCACUGCCUCUGCCGUCGCCACCGCCGUGGCCAACGUGUGCGGCGCCGGCAGCGCCCAGGCCCAGGCGAACGCGGUGGCCGAGGCUGUCUCCACGGCCACAGCCAAGGCUUUUGCCUCGGUGUUUGCCACCACCUCCGGCAAGGGAGCGACGGCGUGUGGGGACGCCAGCGCCGCCGCCACCGCCGUAGCGACCGCCAUCGCAGACGCCACCGCCACCGCGAUCGCCCAGGCCGGCUGCUGCCAAUCCAGCGCCCAGGCCAUCGCCCAGGCCACCGCUUCAAGCAUCAAGACCUCGGUCGCCCAGGCUGCGGCCAGUGCAAACGCCUGCGCCUCGGAUGGGGGCACCGCCAAUGCCAAUGCAGAGGCCUCUGCCACUGCCACGGCAAAGGCCACCGCGAGCGCCCUUGCGACGGCCUUUGCACAGCUGCAGCAGUGCUCUGGCACCGCCGGCCCCACCGCCGGCCCCACCACCUCCGGCCCCACCACCUCUGGCCCGUCCGCCUCGCCAACCGCCACUCCCAGGUCCCCCACUACCGGAGGAGGCACCGGAAAUCCCUCAAACGGCUCCGCGCCCUCCUCGAAGUGCAGCACCUUUGUCGCACAGGACUGCUGCGCCAGCGGCGCCGACACCUGCCAGAACGGGCAGUGGGUCAAGGCGUCAUCCAACCCCCUGGCGUACGGUGUCAAGGACAUCAUCAAUGGCGGGGCCAUCCAGUCCACCGUCUGCUCUUGUUGA